UUCUAUCCGUCCUUAACAGUCGCAGCAAUUAUUGAAUGUUUACUUCUGAUGCAAUGAACCAAAACAACUUGUAGUAUCAACAUGAAUGAAAGACCAAAGGUAGCUUUUCUUGGUGCUGGUGGCGUUGGUAAAUCAUCAAUUCUGCAGAGAUUUAUGUUUGGAACUUUUCAAGAUAAUUACAUCGAAACUGUUGAGGAAAUAUAUUCCUAUCAAUUCAAUGAGAACGGUAAGCGCCUUAAUAUUAACCUUUUAGACACUGCUGGAAAUAUUGCAUUUCCUGCAAUGAGACAAUUGUACAUUUCAAAAGCACAAGCUUUUGUUCUUGUUUAUUCUAUCAAAGACGAAGCGUCUUUCAGCGAAGUAAAAACACUUUGGGAACGGAUUAAACAAGUUCGACCAAAUAUUCUUGACAUUCCGUGUCUGAUCAUAGGAAACAAUUUGGAUCAGGAAAACGAUCGACAAGUCGAAACAUUUGAUGCACUGAACUGGGCGUGUAGUGAGAAUCUUGGAGGAUGUUUUGUAGAAACAUCAGCAAAAGAGGACAAAGGAAUACAAGAAGCUUUUUCUCUUCUUCUUAGACAAUUUUUAACAAGACGACAUGAAGAUAAAGGACCAUUAAAACUGCGUUCGCUAAGUCUCCAUAAACUGCAUUUGGAAAUCGAUGUUCCAGUAUUAUUCCACAAACAUAGUGAUAAGUCAAAACCAUUACAGAAAGGAACAUUAAGAGGAAAAUCAUGUACUGCUUUACGGCAAAGUGCGUGCAUGGGAAAUAUACAGAUUAAUAAGACUGAAAGCAAUGAUAAGUGUACUGACAUUGACGGGAAAUUAAAACGUAGUCGCACUGAUGGUGUUCUAGAGAUAUGCAAGUCUCAGGGAAGGCGAAAACUUCAUUUGUUUUAAAAUCAAUCUGAAAAGUAAUUUCCUGCGACGUGGAAUUUAAUAUGACACAUUCAUGACAAUGUUACUGUGAAAUUACUUUUACACUUCAAACAAUGAAUACAUUUGCGGGAAUAAAAAUAAAACUUGUAUGGUCCGAACUUCUUGUAAUUGAUAAAUGUAGAUGGCUAAAUUAAGUUUUAUCUGAUACUAGUAUGUUAUUAUACGUAAUUGUUGACGAACGAAUGAUGAUGAUACUUAUUGAAUAGUUUUAUAGUUAUUUCUUUGUCAAUGAAAGGCAAUGUUCUUAGUACUCGUCCAUCAAAUAUUCAUAACUUUUGUGAACAAAUUCUUACAAUACACAUGUAAUGUUAUCCUCUUUACUAUAACAGUUCAAAUUUUACUGAAACAUUCGUUUUUUUUAAUAAACUGAUGUACAAUUUGAAAACGUAAUUAUGACAUUUUGAAUUACCACUGAAAAAAUGAUAAUACAACAAAGCUGAAUAUUAUAUAUAGUAGAUAAAUUUAACAAAGAUUGAAUACUACUCCAUUAAGUUUUAGCAAAAUAUGUACGAUAACUGCUAUAAGAAGUACAUGUAGUAUAUCUGCACAAUGCAAUUCGCAUUUACAAAUUGAUGUUUUAAUUUUCAAUAAAACGGUUUUUUUUCCGUCA